GCGUGACACUAAUGGAAACUAGGAAGAUCAUCAUGGAAUAUUUAUAGCAAGAGACAUCAUCAUACUUUCAUUCGCCUGUUUGUCUUUGUCUUAAAUAUGUCGAGCCAAUCUGCUUCUUCUCGUGUAUCUGGGAAAUGGCCUGAUGACGUUGGGCUCUUGGCCAUGGAAGUGUACUUUCCCUCUAUUUGUGUGAAUCAGACAGAAUUAGAGAAAUUCGAUGGAGCUGGUUCUGGGAAGUACACUAUUGGUUUAGGUCAGACGAAUAUGGGAUUCUGUACUGACAGGGAAGAUGUAAAUUCUCUUGCUCUGACGGCCGUCUCUCUUCUACUUGAGAAGAAUAACGUCUCUCAACAAGACAUUGGUCGUUUGGAAGUGGGAACGGAAACCAUUAUUGACAAGUCGAAAUCAGUCAAGUCGGUUUUGAUGAAGCUGUUUCCUGAUAACACUUCUGUAGAGGGUAUUGAUACUACUAAUGCUUGUUUUGGUGGUACUCAGGCUUUGUUCAAUGCUAUCUCGUGGGUUGAAAGCAGUAGUUGGGAUGGUCGGUUUGCAUUGGUAGUAGCUGCUGAUAUUGCUGUUUAUGCUUCUGGGAAUGCCAGGCCUACUGGAGGAGCAGGUGCUGUUGCUAUGUUGAUUGGUCCUAAUGCUCCAAUAGUAUUUGAAAGGGGUUUAAGAGCUGUCCACAUGGAGCAUGUAUACGAUUUUUACAAGCCUAACUUAAGUUCAGAGUAUCCAGUGGUUGAUGGGAAACUCUCUAUUCAGUGUUACUUGAAUGCGUUGGACACUUGCUACAAGAGAUAUGGGGAGAAAGCUGCCAAUGGUUCUGGUUACACAGUUGAAGAUGGCGACUUCUAUUGCUUUCAUUCACCUUUUGUUAAACUUGUUCAGAAGAGCUUUUCUCGUCUUGUUCUUCAGGACUAUCUUACUAAUCCUGAAUUAAAAGAUAAAUAUCCUGAACUGGAGCAAGUUAGGGGUAAGACACUACAGGAGACUUUGGGUGACAAAGAUGUGGAGAAGUUGUCAAUGAAAGCAGCCAAUGACUUGUACAAUGUUAAGACUCUGCCAUCGGUAUUGCUUGGUACUGAAGUUGGUAAUAUGUACACUGCAUCAUUGUAUGGAGGGCUUGCAUCACUUCUUUCUGUGAAAAAGCCUUCCGAAGUUAGUGGUAAACGUGCAUUACUGUUCUCUUACGGUUCAGGAUUGGCAAGCGCUUUGUAUUCGGUUCGUUUUUCUCUCAACCAUUCUCCAGAUUCUCCUCUUUCCCGACUGAUGUCCACUUUAUCUGAUAUACCUCAUCGUCUUAGUGCUAGAAAGGUCGUACCACCUGCAGAGUUUGAGGCUAUUAUGAAGCUGAGGGAAGAGACACACCACAAGUGCUCCUAUUCUCCUGUUGGUGAUGUUCAGAAUUUGUUUCCUGGCACUUAUUAUCUCACUAAUGUUGAUGAAAAGUUUCGUAGGACUUAUGAGCGUGUUGCACCACAGAAAAGAAGUGACUUUCCUCCUCUUGUGCCUUCAUUUAAUGGAUAUAUCUAAAGUGUGGUAUUUAUUAUGAUUGAGCUUUCAGUUUUUAUAAUAACUACAUGGUAAUAUUGUGCUAUUUUCACUUUUUAGCUUAAAAUAUUUUUUUAAAGAUUGUAAUAUGAUAAUGUGUGUUUUUGCUAGUUAGAUAAUUACAUUCUAAAUUUAUUAUCAUGUGAACUUUACCUUUGAUUGAUGAUAGAUGUACAGUA